AUGGAAACGGGUCAGGGAGUUCCCCUGCCGAUGACAGAUGCAGGCUAUCAGGGAGGCCCUCCUCCGACUGCUGUCUACCCUGCUCAACAACCUGUAUACCAGUACUCCCAGCAACAGCCUCAGAUCACACAGCCUGUGAGUCAGGCGGCUGUGGUGCAGCAACUUCCAACUGAGGCUCCAGGACACAUGAUGUGUUCUCGCUGCAAAAAGACUGUACUGAGUAAAACUAAGUUCAAAUAUAGUAUGUGCACGUGGGUGACCUGUGGGCUACUUGGAGUCUUCUUGUGCUGGCCUUGCUGUUUCAUCCCCUUCUUUGUGACCUCCUAUCAGGAUGUGGAGCACUCCUGCCCCGAGUGUCACACCGUCCUGCAUCUCCACAAACGCUGA